UCUUCUGUUAUUUCCUCCCCACUAGAUCAGCAUAUAAAGGAGCCCUGGUGGUUCAAAGGUUAAGCGCUAGGCUGCUGGCUGAAAUGUCAGCAAUUGGAACCCACCCACCCAGUGGCUCUGUGGGAGAGAUCUGGUGACCUGCUCGCAUAAAGAUUGCAGCCUAGAAAACCCUAUGGGGCAGUUCUACUCUGUCACAUGGGGUUGUUAUGAGUUGGAAUCAACUCAGUGGCAGCUAACAACAAAAGGCCAGUAGAGCACAAGGUGCUUGGAAAAGGACGUCCCUUGAAAUAUAAAGAUUAUAUUGGCCGUAGGGCAGGGAGAGCAGUGAAUUACAGAAAGCUGUUAUUGCUCAGUGUCAACAUUUUUAUUUCUUUUGAAAUCUGUAGUGAUGCUCUUCAGAGGCUUAAAUGAGGGCUUUGACCAGUGGAAUUUUGAAGGACAAAAGGUCUGUCUUGUGGAAGACGUAUUUCAUCCUUGACUGUCAUUCAGUUCAUCAGGCGUUUAGAUUUGGGAGCUAUUCCCACUGCAGGAAGCUGUGGCCCUCCCCUCAGGGUGGGAGGUGACUGGUACAUGGAUUUGUGCUUUCCAGGCUGCUCCGCCAUAUCGGGUCCAAAAGCAGUGAGUGGCCCAAAGAGAGGCUCAUUGACUGUGCGGUGUAGUUAUGGCCCAGGAUGGGAGACCUACUACAAGUGGUGGUGUCGAGGAGCUGUUUGGAAUAGCUGCAAAAUCCUUGUUAAAACCACUGGGUCAGAGAAAGAGGUGAAGAAGGAUGCCGUGUCCAUCAGGGACAGUCAGAAAAACCGCAUAUUCCUUGUGACCAUGGAGAAUCUCAGGGAAGACGAUGCAGGCUUUUACUGGUGUGGGAUUGAGAAACCAGGAACUGACCUUGGAGUCCAGGUUAAAGUGUCAAUUGGCCCAGGCCAGGGCACUGCCUUCUCCCCAGGCUCAGAGCCAUGUGCAGGACUGGAUGGGUCAGCAGGCAGAGUGGUAUGUAAUCUGGUCUGUGUACCAAGCACAAAGUGCUUGCGGAACACCACCACCUCUACCAACACCCCAUUUACAGCGCCAGAAGACACCACAGCCUUCCGCACUAUGACCAGCCAGCGCUCCAAAGUCUGGUAAGCCAUCUCAAAUCCUGCUGUUCCCUAUGACCCACUUGGCCUAAACUGCUCCAAUGGGGGAACACUUCAUUGUCCCAGAUUCUAGCUGGAUGUUG